AUGGCAUUAAUCCAACACUUCAACACCAUCUCCUCCAAACCAGUCGUUCCCAGCAUAGAACCCGGGUACCUCCGUCCACUCGUUCCCACAUCCGCCCCCAACCAUCCAGAGCCAUGGAGCAAGAUCCAACCGGACAUCGAGUCCAAAAUCAUGCCAGGCCUAACCCAAUGGCAGUCCCCCAAGUUCAUGGCCUACUUCCCCGCAGGCGUGACAUACCCCUCCAUGCUCGGUGAGCUGUACUCGGCGGCCUUCACGGCGCCCGCGUUCAACUGGCUGUGCUCGCCCGCGUGCACGGAGCUGGAGAUCAUCGUCAUGGACUGGUUGGCGCAGGCGCUCGGGCUGCCAGAUUGCUUCCUCAGCGCUGCGGCGUCCCGGUCCGGCAGAAGUACCGGCGGAGGCACUAUCCAGGGAUCCGCAAGCGAGGCUGUUGCGACCGUUAUCGUUGCCGCGCGCGAAAGGCAUGUGAGGGCCAAGGCAAUGGCGGAGGGGUUGGUGGAGGACACGCCGGAGUGGGAGGAUCGGACAAUGGAAAUGCGGACCCGGCUUGUGGUGCUGGGCAGCGACCAGACGCACAGCUGCACGGCGAAAGGGGCGCGGAUUGCUGGGGUGCGGUACCGGGCUAUCCCGACGCGGUUGGAAGAGAAUCUGGCCAUGACGGGAGACGCGUUGCGCAGGAUGCUAGAGCAGUGUGAACGCGAUGGCCUGGAGCCGUUUUUCCUGACUGCGACGAUGGGCACAACUAAUUCAUGUGCUGUUGAUCGGUUUGCGGAGAUCAAGGUCGUGUUGAGGGAGAAGGAGGCGUGGAAGAAAAUAUGGGUCCAUAUCGAUGCGGCGUUUGCUGGCUCUGCGCUGGUGACGGAGGAAUGGCAGCAUGUUGCGAAGGAGUUCGCAGAAGGUGUGGAUAGCUUCAAUGUGAAUAUGGCCAAAUGGCUCCUAGUGAACUUCGACGCCAGUUGUCUCUUCAUCACCAACGCCCUCGACCUCACCAACGCUCUGGACAUAACCCCUGCCUACCUGCGGAAUCCCAGCAACCUCACGACCCCCGUAACCGACUUCCGCAACUGGGGGAUUCCUCUCGGCCGACGCUUCCGCGCGCUGAAGGUCUGGUUCGUCAUGCGCACCUACGGGCUCUCGGGUAUGAAAGCUCACAUCCGCAAGGGCAUAAACAACGGGGUUGUCUUCGCCGACCUCACCAGAACGCGAGACGACCUCUUCGAGAUCGUCACGGGCCCUGCGUUUGGCUUGACCACGUUGAGAGUACGAGGCUUGGACGAGACGUCCCGCACCACCUCUACCCCCCUGAGUAAUGGUGCCACUCCCGGGCAGAAUGAGAAGAAAGCAUCGCAGGACACCUCUUCAGGCGUUUCCACGCAGGCUCUUACGCACAAAGUCUGCGAGAAGAUCAAUGCCGGCGGCGAGUUGUUCCUGACGUCCUCGGUGCUUGGUGGGGUUGUGGUGAUUCGGGUGGUGAGCGGGAAUCCGCUGGCGGAGGCGAAAUAUGUCCGUCGGGCAUUCGAGAUUUUAGUCAACGUUACUGAGGAGGUGUUGGCAGAGGAGCGCAAGAAGAUGAUGAAUUAA